UCACACCUCCAAGCUACCACACCUCCAAGCUACCACACAACAAGAUAUGUACCUGUCCUGUGCUAUGCCUCACGCUCUCGCGAGCUGCAGCAGCAGCAGGGCCUCGGGCCGCUCCGCAGCGGCAGCCAGCGGCGGCGCGCGACUGGCCCCGCGCAAUUCACGCCACAGCUACGUCAACGGAAUGCCUGCUGCUCCCACUCACGCCCGCGCGGCCGCUGCCGCUACCGCUGCCGCUGCCGCUGCUGCCGCGGGCUCUGCCUCUGGCGCGGAGCCGCCGGCCAGGAAGCCGCCGAGCUCGGCGCUGGGUGACUCGUCGCGAGCCACCUCGGGCGCCGCGGCGGAAGGCAAGGUCACCGCCGCCGCUGCUUCGCUCGUGUCGGAGCUGCGGCAGCUGCGCGUGGGUCAGGAGGCUGUGCAGCAGGAGCUGGAGGCUGUGAAGCAGGAGCUGGCGGCAAUGCGGCAGGCGGCGGCUGCGGAGGCGCGUCUCACACGGCUGCAGCGCGCGCACGAGUUGAUUGUCGGCGUGCGCGGUUACAACUCGAGAAUGAGCCGCUUUCUGGCGGCGCUAACACGCGGCGAAACCCGGCUAGACGUGGCCUCAAGCUGCGAGCACAUUGCGCGCGGGUACGCAGACGAGCUGGCGGGGCUCACAGGCCUGCGCUUCCGUGUCGUGUCCGAGGUGGUGGAGAUGGCGGUGGAGGUGGAGGAGGGCGGAAGCAACAGAACCAACAGCUGCAGGUACUGGCUGGAGGAGGUGGUGUAGCAGCAGCAGGGGCAGCGGCGGUGGCGGGCGCCAGCCCGCAGGCGGCGCAGGCGGCACAGAGCAGGAGCAGCACCAGCAGCAGCUGAUGAGGAGCGGCGGCGGCUGUGCAUGCAGGUGGUGUGCCCAGCUGGCCGUGUGGAGCGCGGCAUGGUGGUGCGUGAGGCAGAAUGCGCAUAUGCAUCUUUAGGGGGUGGCGAGGAUUAUCAACACGGGAGGCGGUUGCUAAUCAAGUAGCAAUUAGGUGAGGGUAGGGGUCUGGAUGGCUGCGGCAACGUACGUGGUACCUGUAGUCAUCAAGUGCCUGCUGCAUAUGUUGUGGCGGCAGCAGCCUGCAGGCAUGGCUGGCUCGUGCGCACACAUUCAAACAGUGUGGGAGAAACCCACAUCGCCAACGACAUCUCCUAGAUGGGAAAAAACCCUGCUGUCGGAUGACAUCUUGCGUUGCCGCCUUGGGACCAGCUGUCCUGCUGCAGACAGUGCGUAGCGCGGCAGCAGUAGCAGCAGGGAGCACGGAGAAGUGGUCAUGUCGUAUGGUGCGCGUGGUCAGCGUGGGUGCGCGGUACGGGUAUGGCGUGGGACGUGCAUGUUUGUCAGCCUGCUUGGCUGAAUUUACAGUUGGUGCGUGUGCCUGCAGCCCAUACUACCACUUGGAAUGAUUGUGCUUACCCUUCAAGCAAGCAUACGUCGUGUCGAUGGGAGGGAUGUGCGGCGGCGCGUUAAGGAGCUAGGCCAGUAAGCACGACCUAGCCUGUGGGAGCAUUGCGGUGGACGAGGCAGCCCGCCAUCCAUGCACCAGCAGAGCAGGGUUAGGGGUUGACAACGAACAAGGAUUGGAGCGAGGGUGCGUGGAAGAGCGGCGGGGCCAGUGCCAUAUGCGUCUACCGAUCGACGGCCCAACAGGUUUCACGGUGUAGCUUGCUUCGUGGCAGCUCACUCUAGAUAGCCUGCA